AAAAGAAAAAUGUUUCUGAUUCUUUUAUUUUCAACAAUUUUGGCAAUCGCUUUGGUACAUCAGUGGAGAGCCAGAAAGCAGUUGCCUAGAGGUCCAUAUCCGCUCCCUUUAAUUGGAAAUUUGCAUCAACUCUUCUACUAUUGCUGGAAAAAUGGUGGACUAGUGGAAGGGUACGCUGAAAUUGAGAAAUCGUUUGGAAAAGUCUACACCGUUUGGAUUGGCCCAAUGCCAACAGUCUUCAUCUCGGACUACGAUGUUGCUCAGGAGACGCAUGUGAAAAGAGCCAACGUGUUUGGCACGAGAUACGCGCCAGGAAUCAUGAAUUAUGUCAGAUUUGAUAAGGGAGUUGUGGCAUCGAAUGGGGAAUUCUGGCAGGAGCAUAGGCGAUUUGCGUUGACUACGCUGAGGAAUUUCGGAUUUGGAAGAAAUAUUAUGGAGGAGAGGAUUAUGGAUGAGUAUCGUUACAGGUUCAAAGACUUCGCCACCACUGGAAACAACAACAUGGCAAAAAGUUUUGAAACAUGCGCCCGCUCGUUUUUCGACCUGUUAACCGGCAGUGUCAUCAAUAAAGUUCUUAUCAAUGAGAGGUUUGAACAGGACGACGCGGACUUUGAAAAAUUAAAGACCAACCUGUCCAGGGGUCUUGAAAACACUGGAUUUCUUGAUAUUUUCUGCCCUGUAAACAUUUUACAGUCGAGAUUCCUCAAGUGGCGACAAGAUUCGAUAUUUCAACCGCUAGACUGGAUUUUGGAGUUGACGAAGCGAAAUAUUGCAAAACGAGUUGCUCAGCUCAAAUCUGGAGAGCAUGUACUUCAUGACGAGCCAGACGAUUUUCUAGACGCGUAUCUGAUGAAAAUGUAUAAGGAUGAGAAAGAAGGUCUAGACUCAACUUUCACACUCGACAACCUUGCCAUCGACAUGUAUGAUCUUUGGAUUGCUGGUCAGGAGACAACCUCCACGACUUUGGCAUGGGCAUGUGCGUGUCUUCUCAAUAAACCAGAAGUCGUGUUGAAAGCUCGUGAAGAGCUGGUUCAUGUCACCGGAGGACAUAGAUCACUUUCAUUGACUGAUAAGAAAGUUACUCCGUAUCUUUCGGCCGUGAUUAGUGAAGUCCAACGAGUUGCCUCUAUUCUCAACGUCAACCUAUUCCGAAUUCUUGAAGAGGAUACAUAUGUUGGUGGUCAACCAAUACGUGCUGGAACUGCAGUCACCGCGCACAUUUCAAUGAUCCAUGUUGAUGAGACCUUAUUCAAAAACCAUACUGAAUUCAAUCCGGAGAGAUUUCUAGAGGUUGAGGGUCUUGAUAAGAAGAUGAUCCCGUUUGGAAUCGGGAAGCGAGCGUGCCUGGGAGAAUCUCUAGCGAAAGCUGAGUUGUACUUGGUUCUCGGGAACAUGCUGUUAGAUUAUAAUCUAGAACCAGUUGGAGAUGUCCCGAAGAUUCAAACAAUUACUCCAUUUGGGCUGUUGAAACGACCACCACCAUUCAAAGUUCGAUUUGUUGAAGUGGAGAAAAGCUAAUUUUUUUUCUAGAGUUUUCAUAAUAAUAAAUCUGAUUCAAACUUUAAAAAAAAAUUUUUAUUUCAAAAAAAAAACUGCCAACUCUUUAUUUAAAUUUUUGAUUUCCUAUUUUGACCUCAAAUGUUGUUAUUCUGCAAUCAACUGUUCAACUUUGGUUUGAUUUCAAUUUGAUACCAUCUGGGUAAUAUUUUUGUGUUUUCAUUUUACGUUCUACUCUCUUCUAAUUUAAUAAACGUGGGUAGUAGGGG